UUGAUGAGAAGUAAUUAUCCUCCGCUGUGCAAAUUAAAACAGUGUGCUGCUUUUUAUGUGAAAAAUGAGGAAAAGCAAGUCAACAAAGUUACAAAAAAUAUUUCCGAUAUAGUCAUAAGUGAAAUGGAAUAAAUCCCCUGGGCCGCAGCCAGAUGAUAAACAGGUGGCAUGUGGCCCACAGGCUGUGUGUCCCUGAUCUACAGUUAAGUGUUUUAUAGCUAGUCUUAUGCAAAUUCUAAGAUUCUGUCCUUUAAUCUUCUGGGUCCAAAGGUAUGAAUCAUAACGUGUUAUUUAAGCAGCACAAGGGCAGCGUGUCUCAGGAUCAGUCACAUUGACACAGACCAUGGACCCCUGGCACUGCUCAGUGUAUAUUGGAUUACUGCUUUGUCUUUCUAUUACUCUCUCCCGUGGAGUAAUCCCUGCGGAGGAAGAAAAACCCGCUUUCUGGAAUGCUAAAGCUAAACAGUCUCUGGACGUGGCCAUGGCCCUGAAACAGAAACAUUAUCGAGCCAAGAACCUCAUCCUCUUCCUGGGCGAUGGAAUGGGGAUACCCACGCUGACAGCAGCCCGAAUCUUCAAGGGGCAGCUGAACAAUCAGCUGGGGGCGGAGACUGUCCUCGCCAUGGAUACCUUCCCGUACCUGGCGCUUUCCAAGACCUACAAUGUGGAUUACCAGGUUCCUGACAGUGCAGGGACAGCCACAGCCUACCUGUGUGGCGUGAAGGGGAAUUACGGGACCGUGGGUCUGAGUGCAGCGGCCAGGCGGUAUCACUGCAAUACCACCAAAGGGAAUGAGGUCGUGUCAAUUCUGCACAGAGCCAAGCAGGCUGGUAAAUCCGUGGGUUUUGUCACCACUACCAGGGUACAGCACGCCUCCCCCUCUGCUACCUAUGCUCACAUCGCCAACAGGGACUGGUACAGCGAUGCUGCCAUGACUCCCGAAGCUCUCAAAGAAGGGUGCACUGAUAUCUCAGCCCAGCUCAUCAGCAACACAGACAUAAAUGUGAUCCUUGGAGGAGGCAGGAAGUACAUGACCCCCAAUGGCACCAAGGACCCUGAGUACCCAACGUACCCGGCCCAAGCGGGCGUCCGAUUGGACAAGAGGAACCUCAUUGACGAGUGGCUCAGCAAAAGAAAGGGAGCAAAAUAUGUCUGGAAUAAGGAUGCAUUGGAUUCUGUUGAUGUCAAAAAGACAGACUACUUGAUGGGGCUGUUUGAGCCAGGAGACAUGCAGUACGAGCUGAACAGAAAUAAGACUUUGGAACCCUCUAUCAUUGAGAUGACAGAAAAGGCCAUCGCGAUCCUCAGCAGGAACCCCAAGGGAUUCUUCCUCUUCGUGGAAGGGGGGAGAAUCGACCACGGCCACCACGAUGGCAAGGCCAAGAAGGCAUUGAUGGAGGCGGUGAUGUUUGACCGCACCAUAGAGAGGGUCUCAGAGCUGACCGAUGAAAAGGACACCCUCAGUGUGGUCACCGCUGACCACUCCCACGUCUUCUCUUUCGGAGGCUACACCAAGCGCGGCAGCUCCAUCUUCGGACUGGCACCUAAAAUUGCAGAUGACAAAAAACCUUACACCUCCAUACUGUAUGGAAACGGGCCGGGGUUUGCUAUUGAAAAUGGAAGCCGUCCAGUUGUGAAUGCUACCACUGCAGAUGAUAAAGACUACCUGCAGCAAGCUGCAGUGCCCCUGGACUCAGAGACCCACGGUGGUGAAGAUGUGGCUAUCCUUGCCAAGGGCCCCAUGGCUCACCUGUUCCACGGGGUUCAGGAGCAGAACUACAUUGCCCACGUGAUGGCGUACGCAGGCUGCAUAGAGCCCUACACCGACUGCCCCCUGGAGACCCCGCCUGGAGACUCUGCCACGACCCUAGCCAGCUUCUUCACCCUGCCUCUGGUGCUGCUGUCAGCCACGCUCACCAUCUGAAGCACAAGGCAGCAACCAGCACUCGCUUCACAUCUUUAAAAAGAAAAAGAUGACUAUUUCUUCAUUUUAAAUAGUUUUAUUACAAAUGGCAGACAUGCAAGCACAAACACGUUGUGUGUCGGACGUUUAGACAAAUUAAAAUGAAGAAAUAUAUAUAUUUUUUAAAGAUGUGACUUAAGUGCUGGGAACUGAGAUUAAUGUGUUCUCUGGAGUUGAGAAAGCACUUUGAUUCAUACAUUUUUUAAAGCAAUAAAGUGAUGCAGAAGGUUGACCUGUUGAAAAGAGUUGAAAGAAACACAAUCUGCUGCUGUUUUAAAACAGGAAAGAAUAAACAGCUAAACAUUUGCUGGUUCUUUUUAAAAAGCUUUCCAAGUAAAUUACACCAGAGUACUGUAUAACACAAGUUUAAAAAACAAUGUAACCUUAAGUAAGUUUACUAAAACUGAACAAAUGUGCUUUUUACCAGAUUCCACUAAAGACCACUUCAGCAGUCUUGACAUGCAUAGAUUUGUAUGCCUUAAAAGAGCACUGUUGUGGAGGUAAUGGGCCAUAAGUUGGCCAGCACUGAGUUACACUGUUCAAUUGGUUUGAAUGCAUGCAUCCCAGCCCAGUUAUUUAUUUCCUAUGAAUUUGCACACGUUGCUAUAAUAAACUUAAUACAAUUAUAGUUAUGCCAGCUACAUAAAAA